UCGUUUAUUCCCAACGUAUAAGUCAGCUUGAACUGAGAACCGAAGAUGACCGAAGCCGUUGCCGAAGUUGCCGCCGCAGUUCCAGCCUCAGCAGCUGUUACCAAGGUCCCGAAGAAGCCCAAAGCCGCCCGGAAGCCAUCCACCCAUCCCCCGGUGAACGAAAUGCUCACCGCCGCCUUGGGAAGCCUGAAGGAGCGCAGGGGAUCGUCGCUGUAUGCCAUCAAGAAGUACAUCGGCGUCAACUACGAGUGCGAUGUGGCCAAGCUGUCGUUCCUGAUCCGGAAGGCGAUCAAAACUGGCGUCGAGAAGGGCACUCUGGUGCAGACCAAGGGAACCGGAAUUACUGGAUCGUUCAAAUUGAAAGACACCAAGGCGGUCGCGGAGAAGAAGCCGAAGAAAGUCGAAGACGCGAAGCGGAAGAAGGUAGGCAAGGAAGUGGUUGGUGAUAAGAAGGCCAAAAAGGGAACCGACAAGAAAUCGACCGUUAAAAAGCAACCGGCGGUGAAAGCGCCCAAAGCGAGCAGGGCCAAAACGACGACCAAGACGACAGGAGUCGCGAAGAAGUCCGCCGUUGUUUCCAAACAGAAGGCCACCAAGCCGUCAAAGGUGGCCGCGAAGAAGCCAAAGGCACCGAAACCGAAAAAGGCAGCUUCUGCUAAGAAACCUGCUCCGAAGAAGACUGCCGCUAAGAAGUGAAUUUGAUUAUGAUCCCGGCGAAGAACCAGACUUCUUCUUUUUCGAUAAAAAACAGUCCUUUUCAGGACUACAAAACUAAA